GUUGCCGGUAUUGACACAGUCACAGUGUAGCUGUCAACGAGUAAGCUAGGGUCUGAGCGUGAACGCUUAUAGUGUGUGUUAUUGUGAUUGUUGUCAAAACAUUGUCGUAGGCCAGAACACUACACAUAGAGACCAUUUGAAUUGUAAAGUUAACAGCGUCAAGAUGUGUUGUCGCUGCUGUGGUGAAACCCAACAAAAAAUAUGGGUAUUUGGUUUGGGGUCACUAUUUAUAAUCUCCGGUUUGGUGUGCACUCUCUGGUGGCCUUCGUUUGCUGAGGAUAUGAUUUAUAAGACUCUGGCCCUUAAAGAUGGUGGUCUAACUUAUGACAAAUGGUCUGUUACACCUAUACCCGUUUAUCUACACAUGUAUCUCUUUAACUGGACUAAUCCGGAACAGGUGCGCGUGGCUGGUGUUAAACCUCAUUUCGAUCGUGUCGGUCCGUAUGUUUUCCGUGAGGAUAAAAUCAAAAAGAAUAUUACCUGGUAUCCCAAUAAUACUGUUUCAUUUCGACCUGAACGUACGUGGUUUUUUGAACCCGAAAUGUCUGGCGGUACUUUAGAGGAUUUAAUUACUUGUCCGCAUUUGCCCUCAAUUGCCGCUUCAAAUGCCGCUCGUAGUUUUAACAAACUCAUAAAGUUCUUUUUCAACGUUGCACUCAACACUAACGGGGGCGCCCUUUAUCAAACCCACACUGCCAAUGAAUGGUUGUUUGAAGGCUUCUACGAUGAAUUCCUUGAUUAUGCUAUGAAACUUAAUAAUUCUGAAACUGCUCAUAUAAAAUCGAAUCGUUUUGCUUGGUUCUUAGAUCGUAAUGGUACAUCCGAUUUUGAGGGAACAUUUACCAUUAAUACGGGAGCGGAAGAUUUACGUGAAAUGGGUGAAUUGAAAUUUUGGAAUGGACAAAAUCAUACGGGCUAUUUUGAGGGUGAUUGUGGUAAGGUGAAUGGCAGCACAGCGGAUUUGUUUGUGCCGAAAAGAGCUUCAGAUGAAUGGAUCACUAUAUUUAUAAGAGACACUUGUCGUAUUAUUAAUUUGGUGCCAGUGGGUAAUGAUGUUAUAGAGGGCAUAGAGGCCAUACGCUAUGAAACUCAACCCGAUACAUAUGACAGUGGUGAAAGGAAUCCGGAUAUGAAAUGUUAUUGUCCCAAAGAAAGACAACCAGAUAAUUGUCCUAAGCCGGGUAUGACUGAUAUUGGCCCGUGUUCUGAAGGUGCUCCCAUGUAUAUGUCUCACGCUAAUUUCAUGUAUGCUGAUCCCAGUUAUCAAGAUACCAUCACUGGCACAGUGCCAGAUCCGAAAAAUGAUAUAUUUUUCAUAACCAUGGAGCCAAGAUUGGGAGUACCAUUGGAAGUGAAUGCAGCUGUACAAGUUAGUUUAUUCAUACAACCCGACAAUGAUAUAACAAUACUAAAAAAUAUUCACACCUUUUAUGCGCCCAUGUUUGUGAUAAACAGUAAAGCCAGAAUUACUAAAGAAGUAGCCGGUGAAGUUAAGCUGGCCUUAAGUCUUCCCGAUAUCGGUUUCUAUAUGGGCAUUGCUUUCCUCUGCAUAGGAGCUCUUAUGUAUGCCACCGGUUUUUAUCUCUCCUGUACCAACAAAUGGUAUAAACCCAAAACAGAUGAAAGAAAUUUAAUUAAAGAAGCCCCAACACAUUAGGUCAUCAAAAAGAUGUACUGAAAUGUACCUGUCCAUCUAGGAAGUCUCUCUGUCUUCAUCAAUGAGAACAAAUCUUAUAGUUUUAAGUUAGAGCAAUAAGUAUUAGUUAUUGAAUUUUUAUAUAAAUAACAAAACGAAACAAUGAAAUUAUUUAAUAAAAUCUAUAAGAAAA